AACAGAUGCUAGUCUGAUUUCCAGCCCAAGGACAGCUUUCAAUGCUAAUUAUCAGAUAGCUAGGAUUCAGAGUAUCAGCUAACACGUCUUGUCCCCUUGAACAAAAUCGAUAUUCUAUGAACGUGCCUCUGUCAUCUCAAAACAAAGCAGAAUCACACGGGACACGCACGGCAUACCACCCCCAAUGGCCUCCUCUAAGGUCCCCGUCUACUCAUUAUCUGAGCUCAAAAAUGCUACUGACGACGCACUAACUCCUUACCUAAUAUCCAUCCCAAAACCCUACCGAUUCACCCCAGACAACUUCAAAUCCAAUGUCCGCUUAAUACUAGGAUACACUGCCGUGGCCAUGUCAGGAGCCUUAUUUUACGUCGACCGCCAGCUGGGGUGGAAUGUUUCGCACACAUGGACCAUAGCCGCUGUCGUGACAUACUUUAUUCUCAACUUCGCCUUUACGGUCUGGAUUUGGCUGGUGGAGGCCGGACAGGUGUUUGAGGGGAGUAGGGAAGGGGGUGAGAAGCUCCACAUCUGCUCAUCGACUAAAAAGCAUUCGCCGCUAUAUACACUGCGCAUUAGACAUACAUCCAACUCCGGUGCGGUUCUUCAGGACGCUACUGUUUCUGCGCCCUUUUCGAGAUGGUUUUCUGCGGAUGGCACGUUUCAUCCCGAACCCUUUAAGCAUUGGCUUAAUAGUGAGAUAAAGGCGUUGAAGGGGGUAGAUUCGGCUACUAGUGAUAAGGAUGCGACAGGGAAGCAGUAGGGUUGUGGGAUAAUCCCUUUGAUGAUAAAAUCGAAGAAGAGUGUGGGCAGUGGCUUUUGGCUGUUAACUGACCACCCAUGUCCUGUCCUGACUCCCAUUCAUAUUCUUUUCUUGGGACUUGUUUCUGAUUCUGUUGCUUGCUGGAUGAUGGAAUGGUUGGUAACAAGAAUUCUGCAUGUUUAUUAUUGGGAUAUCGUACGUUAUGGGAAAAAAAGAAUUAGUUCCUACAUUACCGAUGCUGCUAAUGUAUUCAUUUUUUCAACUUGCGCAAGGAUGUAUUCAUGAACACCUCCUACUCUCCUAUCCAGGUUUCGUAUUCAGUCCUCUUUCCUGGGGAUAUCAGAGGAUUGCACUGCGAUAUCGGUUCCCUAAUCGUAUGAUUACGAUCAUGCAGAUGACAAUAAUAGUAAUAAUAAAGUCUCAAGAGAUGUUGCUCCUUUAAAUUCCCACCAGCAACCCCUGAUCUGAUGUUGAAAUCAAAAUCCAAACGCUCCGUUUCACUCCAUAAAACAAUAAUAACAUGCACUCCAAAAUUCCAAAAAUCAACUCAAGGAUAUCGUUGAAACUAUCUUCCUUUUUAUGUUCGUUUCGAGUUUCUUCGUUUUGCUUCGUUUUCCACAUUUUUACUCCUUGGUUUUAUAUAAUUAUACCCCCCUUCCCUUUUUUUCCCCUUCAGUCCGGCUACCAACCUUUUGUCCCUAGAUGGAAGAACAUGAGUUUAUGCAAAAAUGUGUACAUAUCAUACCGGUUAAGAAUACGGUCACUCUCCUUACUCCGCUUGCGUGACGACGCCCUCAAGAGUGCCGGGUUUCUCAACAGCGUCUGCAGGGUGGACCUGACUGUGGCUGCGGUUCUGGACGAUCCUCUAUUUAAGGGGAUUUGAAAGUCAGGACAGAUAAAGUGAAAAUUCAAAUACAUAAUAUCGUUAGAAAGGGUAAGGAAGGGGGAAAUCUCACAAGCAAGUUUCUCAGCAGCACCACGAUCGUAACCUUCCCAAUGGCCGGGACGUAUAUGGAUGCUUUCUCUUUCACCUCUGGUCCGAAAUUCUAUCGGCAAAAGAAAGAAAGCCGCCGUCAGCAUUAUAAAACUUACUCGAAAAAGAACAGAAUCGGCCACCUCCUCUCCUUAUCACCAGAGACUACACUCACCUUCUCACUCGAAAAGUUAAUACACACAGCCCCCUGUCUCAACAACUUCGUAUCAAACCUGAAAUUAUCCCCUGGCACCCCGCUGAUAACCACAUCACAAUGCGGCACCGCAUCUUCCAACCCCCACCCCUCCAUAUCCAUAACCUCGUGAUGUCUCUUCC